AUGUCCACUAUCCAUACCUGCUUCAAGAUGUCCAUUAUCCCAACCUGCUUCCAGAUGUCCACUAUCCCCACCUGCUUCCAGAUGUCCACUAUCCCCACCUGCUUCAAGAUGUCUGCUAUGCCAACCUGCUUCAAGAUGUCCGCUAUCAUCCCCGCCUGCUUCAAGAUGUCCACUAUCCCCACCUGCUUCCAGAUGUCCACUAUCCCCACCUGCUUCAAGAUGUCCACUAUCCUCAUCUGCUUCAAGAUGUCCACUAUCCCCACCUGCUUCAAGAUGUCUGCUAUGCCAACCUGCUUCAAGAUGUCCGCUAUCCCCCCUGCUUCAAGACGUCCACUAUCAUCCCCGCCUGCUUCAAGAUGUCCUCUAUCAUCCCCACCUGCUUCAAGAUAUCCACUAUCAGCCCCUUGCUUAAAUAUGUCCGCUAUCCCAACCUGCUUCAAGAUGUCCACUAUCCCAACCUGCUUCAAGAUGUCCACUAUCCCCACCUGCUUCAAGGUGUCCGCUAUCCCAACCUGCUUCAAGAUGUCCACUAUCAGUUUCCAAGAAAGGGGAAAGUAA